GCACCGUGUGUGUGUGUGUGUGUGUGUGUGUGUGUGUGUCGUGUCCUGUAGAGCUGAAAUGUCACUGCUGUCCCUAGGCCUCGCAGCACAGACAGCCUGAGAGUGUGACUCCAGGGCCCAGGACCUACUCAGAGGUGGGGGAUUAUAAUGUUCUUCGUAAUUUGACGGCGGAUUCAGAAGUUGAGUCGACUCGUCUACCUCUGCUUGUCCGCGUUCAUAUUCAGGAGCCAGAGGCAGUCUCGGGGCAGACGCCCGGUGGCCAUGUCGACCCUCCUGCGCUGCAUCUCCAGCUCUUCUGUCACUUUCCUCCAGCGAGGGGUCCGUCAGAAGAUACCCGGAAGGAGGCAAUUCAGGACUUUCCCCGUCUUAUGGGACCAAAAGGCCGCCAGAGGUGUGCUCUACAAGGACGUGGUGGUGGGCGUUCCCAAGGAGACCCUACAGAAUGAGCGUCGUGUGGCGUUGUCACCUGCCGGGGUGCAGCUGUUGGUCAAACAGGGCUUCCAGGUGCAGGUGGAGAGCGGAGCUGGAGACGAAUCGAAGUUCUCCGACCAGCUGUACAAAGAUGCUGGCGCCACCAUCACCGACGUCAAGGGGGCCUUUAGCUCAGACUUGGUCCUCAAGGUCCGAGCGCCGAGUUUGAGCGAGGCAGACCUCCUGAGGCCUAAGAACACGUUGGUGAGCUUCAUCUAUCCGGCUCAGAACCCAGAGCUGAUGAAGAAGCUGACAGAGAGGCAGAGCACCGUGCUGGCCAUGGACCAGGUGCCCAGAGUCACCAUCGCACAGGGAUACGAUGCACUCAGCUCCAUGGCUAACAUCGCCGGGUACAAAGCGGUGGUUCUGGCUGCCAAUAACUUUGGCAGGUUCUUUACUGGUCAGAUCACAGCAGCAGGAAAAGUACCCCCUGCUAAGGUCCUGGUUAUCGGAGGUGGAGUGGCUGGUUUAGCAGCAGCCGGAGCUGCCAAGUCGAUGGGAGCCAUAGUCCGAGGAUUUGACACCAGGCCCGCAGCCCUGGAGCAAUUCAAGUCAUUCGGGGCAGAGCCUUUGGAGGUUGACGUCAAGGAGUCCGGCGACGGAGUCGGAGGCUACGCCAAAGAGAUGUCCAAAGAAUUCAUUGAGGCGGAAAUGGCCCUUUUCGCCAAGCAGUGUAAAGAGGUGGACAUUCUCAUCAGCACUGCCCUGAUUCCAGGGAAGCGGGCUCCCAUUCUGAUUAAGAGGGAGUUUGUGGAGUCGAUGAGGGACGGCUCCGUGGUGGUGGAUAUGGCUGCAGAGGCAGGUGGGAACAUCGAGACCACUAAGCCUGGGGAGCUAUAUGUUCACAAGGGUGUGACACACAUUGGCUACACGGACCUGCCCAGUCGCAUGGCCUCGCAGGCCAGCACCCUGUACUCAAACAACAUCCUGAAGCUGCUGAAGGCCAUCAGCCCAGACAAGGAAUACUUCCACUAUGAGCCCACCGACGAAUUUGACUAUGGAACAAUUGACCAUGUCAUCCGUGGGACUCUUGUUAUGAAGGAAGGCAAGAACAUGUUCCCAUCACCGCUGCCUAAAACGGCCCCCCCAGCACCAAUAAAACAGAAAACCAUCAUAGAGCUGAAGGCUGAGAAGGCAGCAGCGAUUUCUCCCUUCAAUCGCACCAUGACCUCUGCUGGCGCCUACACUGCAGGUCUGUCCACCUGUCUGGCUCUCGGCGUCAUAUCCCCCAACGCAGCAUUCACCCAGAUGGUCACGACCUUCGGCUUAGCUGGACUCGUGGGAUACCACACUGUGUGGGGCGUGACCCCCGCGCUGCACUCACCCCUCAUGUCUGUCACCAACGCCAUCUCAGGUCUGACAGCUGUCGGAGGUCUGGUGCUGAUGGGCGGAGGUCUCACGCCCUCCUCGACGCCCGAGUGUCUCGCCCUGGCUGCUGCCUUUGUGUCUUCCAUCAACAUUGCAGGUGGAUUUCUGAUCACCCAGAGGAUGUUGGACAUGUUCAAGAGGCCCACUGACCCUCCCGAGUACAAUUACCUGUAUGUGCUGCCUGGGGCUGUGUUUGUUGGGGGAUAUGGAGCUUCCGUGGCAGCUGGAUACAACAUUGAGCAGAUGAUGUACUUGGGCUCAGGCCUGUGUUGUGUCGGGGCACUUGCAGGCCUCUCAACCCAGAGCACCAGUCGUUUGGGGAACACGCUGGGCAUAAUGGGAGUGGCAGGGGGCAUCGCUGCCACCCUCGGCGGCCUCAAGCCCUCGCCAGAGCUGCUGUCACAGAUGUCUCUGGCUAUGGCCACUGGAGGAACCCUUGGUCUGACCAUUGCCAAGCGUAUCGAAAUCACAGACUUGCCGCAGCUCGUGGCAGCCUUCCACAGCCUUGUGGGUCUGGCAGCUGUUCUCACCUGCGUCGCAGAGUUCAUGAUUGAGUUCCCCCACCUGGAUGCUCACCCGGCCGCCGGUGUUGUCAAGACCGUGGCGUAUCUGGGCACCUACAUCGGAGGCGUCACCUUUAGCGGAUCACUCGUGGCCUACGGGAAGCUUCAAGGCGUCCUGAACUCCGCCCCUCUGCUGCUGCCGGGACGACACAUGUUGAACGCCGGUCUGAUGGCAGCGUCAGUGGGAGGCAUGGUGCCCUUCAUGCUCAGCUCCACUUAUGGUACUGGUAUGGGCUGUCUGCUGGGAGUGUCUGGGCUUUCCACCGUUAUGGGUGUGACCCUGACAGCAGCCAUCGGGGGCGCUGACAUGCCCGUGGUCAUUACCGUGUUGAACAGCUACUCUGGCUGGGCCCUCUGUGCUGAAGGUUUCUUGCUAGACAACAACCUCAUGACCAUCGUCGGCGCUCUGAUCGGCUCCUCCGGUGCCAUCCUCUCCUACAUAAUGUGUGUGGCUAUGAACCGCUCCUUGCCCAAUGUGAUCCUGGGUGGGUACGGCACCACCUCCACAGCCGGCGGCAAGCCCAUGGAGAUUGUGGGCACUCACACUGAGGUCAACGUGGAGCAGACCAUUGACAUCAUCAAAGAAGCAAACAGCAUCAUCAUCACACCAGGUUGGGGUCUGUGUGCGGCCAAAGCCCAGUACCCAAUUGCAGACAUGGUGAAAAUGCUGAGGGAACAGGGGAAGUCCGUCAGGUUCGGUAUCCACCCAGUUGCCGGCCGUAUGCCCGGCCAGCUGAACGUCCUCUUGGCUGAGGCCGGUGUUCCCUAUGAUGUGGUGCUGGAGAUGGAUGAGAUCAAUGAGGAUUUCCCUGAAACGGACUUGACGCUGGUCAUUGGAGCCAACGACACAGUGAAUUCCGCAGCACAGGAGGAUCCCAACUCUAUAAUAGCUGGCAUGCCCGUCCUGGAGGUGUGGAAGUCCAAACAGGUGGUAGUGAUGAAGCGUACCUUGGGCGUGGGCUACGCUGCAGUGGAUAACCCCAUUUUCUACAAGCCCAACACAUCGAUGUUGCUGGGAGAUGCCAAGAAGACCUGUGACAGCCUGCAAGCCAAGAUCAGAGAGAACUUCUACUAAUUAACACCCAAUAUUAUCCGAUGUACAGUAGUUCUGGAGUUCAGAGGCAGGUUGAUAGAUAGUAUAUUUCCAGCAUAUAAGAUUUCAGGUUAUAUAUUUUUGGAGAACAGACGUAUUGGGUCUGCAACUGAGGUGAAUCUAGAUGCCCCAGAAUCAUAACAUGAUUUUGUUUAGUUUUUUUGAAAGGGACAUGAAUAACUCGACACGAAUGUGUACCGAUUUGUAAAUAAAAAUAUUGAAACAUU